UAAUGUUUGUUGUAAUUUUUUGGUUAAUACCUCGUUGUUGGUAAAUAUAUUCAACGGUUUCCAUGGUACACGUCGGUAUCCAUUUGUUUACCAUCAAACAUCAGUCAAUCAAUAACGAAAUACAAUACAAACAAACGAAGCGUGUUCUCAUUUUCUGAAUCCACUAAUAUUGAAAAAAAGAUAAUAAAAUGGACUUCGGAGACGAUCCUCUCGGUGACCUUUCCGAUGGAAGCAACGACAGCUUUUUCGAUGAACCCAAACGCAGCGGUAAGCGAGCAAGUCUGACCAAAACACCGGAAAAGAAGAAAUCGGUCACUGAUAUCUUCAACCUUCCCGAAAAGUCAACUGAAAGUGCCCAACCACCAAAACGAUCAGACGACUGGCUGGGUUUAGACACCAAAGAAACCAAAUCUCCAUCUCGUACUCAAAAACUAACGAAAAAAAUCAGCUUCGAAGACGAUGACGAUCUUUUGGGAAAUUUGGGUUUUAGCAAACGACCAGCAAGCCGGACUGAAGUGUCCACGGAAGAAAACAAACCAGCGAAAAAAAUGGACUUGUUUGAAAGCAUCUUGGGACCACCCAAAAAUGAAGAAUUGGACAAAAAAACGAGCUUUGAAGACAUUCUUAAAGAAAGUAAAGCGAAAAGUGGAUCUAAAAGUGAAGACGCUGCUAAGAAAUCACCUUUUGAUGAUAUUUUCAAAGAUAGUAAAGCCAAAGGUCCUAGCGCUUCUGCUUCGUCAACGCCAAAACCAAGCCUUGGUGUGACAGAUUCGUUACAGUUUAGUGACGGCCCGCGGGAAGGUCGAAGAGGAAGAAGAACUUCAGCAACUCUGAUGGAUCCUCUGGGUCUUUUUAGUAAUGAGGCAAAACAAGAAGAUUCAGCUACUGUUAAAGAAAAACCCUCCGCGACUGCCAUGAAUGAAACUUUUUCAACUAAAGCUGUUCAUUCUAAGAGCACCCCCAACAUCUCUAAUCAAGAACUUCCUGACUGGUUGGGUGGAACACCUAUAAAACACAGCAAGUCUGAGAACGUAUUAAACAAACAUAGUGAAGAAUCUAAACCAGCACCUGAACCUGUCCAAGUGGUUAGACAAGAGUCAGUUCAAAGUCUCAAACCAGCUGAUACUAGUAAUCUCGAAAAUGAAGAAAGUCAAGUUGCUUUAAAUUCUAUUCUCACUCAACAGAAACUCGCUCAUUCCCACAUGGAGUAUCAAAACACCGCAAUCGCGAUGCAGCAACAAGAAACACAACUAUUAAUGGCCCUCCAGUUGAAGAAAUAUGAAGAAAAUUUAUCUGAAAUACAGUUUAAACAACAAGAAGUGUUAAUGAAGCAAGAACAACAAUUUAACAUCCUGUUGGAAAGACAGUUUGCCAAACAACAAAUAAUGGAAAAUAACAUGCGUCUUCAACAAGAACGUAUCAAUAAUCAUAUUCAGAUGUUAAUCGCACAACCACCUAUUACAAAAAAUUCAAGCCAGGAAGAAGUGAACGAACUGAAGAAGACAGCUAGUGAAGAAAGUGUGAAGUUAUACGAGAAUAUAAUAAGCUCAUUGAAACAGAGACAACAUGAGGAGAUUUUUUUAUUAGAAGAAUCUUACAAGAAACAAAUUUCUCUAUUGGAACAAAGUCUGGAAUCUGUGGAAAAACGACUGAAAACGGACGUCGAAAAAGUAUCUGAAGCGUUUGAAGAAAAAAUGAAACUUCUGCAACAGCAAAACAAAGACGAAAUUGGCAAAUACAAGCAAAAAUUACAAGAUGUGGAAUCGCAGCAUUUCGAAGAAAUCAAACAAAUAAGGGACAACUCCUCAAGGAUUAUUGAAGAAAUUAAAUACGAGCACUCAACUCUCCUUGAAAAUAUAAAAGAUGCUAAGAAAUCUGAAUCAACCUUGUUUCAAGAAACGGGUUCCUAUAUUCAGAAACUAGACAGCAAUAUUGAAGUUUUGUAUGCUAACAGUAAGAAUCUAGUGGAGUUGAAAGACCAUAUUGAGAAGGAUUAUGGGGUAUUGUCAAAGGCAAGAGAAGAGACUUUAAAAGCUAAGGAACAAGAAAUAAUACUAAUGAGAGCUACUUUAGAAAAGUGUCGAGAGGCUGCAGAAAAGGAAAGAGCUGAACUUCUAAGUUUGGUCAGAACCUUAGAAACCAAGAUUGCUGAGCAGAAUCAGAACACCCGUGAAGAAAGAUGGGCUUUUCAGCAAGCAGCUAGUACUUUAGCUGCAAGAUCAGCUGCUAUGGACCGAGAAUCAGAAUUUAGUAGGGCGGCCCUUGAAAGAGAAAGGGAGCAGUUGAAAACCCUGAAGGAAUCAAUUUUAGCAGAACAAGAAAAAAUGUUCUUACAAUUAACAGAAGAAAAAUUACAACUCUCAGCUGAAAAAUCGCGUCUGGAAACCUCCAGCAAACUCAUGAUGAAUUACGAUUCACAAAAAGCGAAAUCCGAAAUCGACGCAGCAAUUCAAAUAGCAAAAGAAGCUGCAGAAAUGACCGACAAAGAAAGAGAGAGUCUUCAUCGCGAAAAAUGCGAAGUGGAAAAACUGAAACGAACUCUGCGAGAUCAUGAGCGAAAAUUAAGCUUGAGAGAAAGUGAACUAGACAGCUUAAUGCGGGACGCCGAACAAAAGAAAAGUGAGGGCGAAAAAGCGAUUUUUGAAUCAAAAACUAUUGAAAGCAAAUACAAUGAAAGGUUGAGGGAUUUGCAGAACCAGCUUGUGACGCUAUCUAACAGAGAGAAGAAACUAGCCGAGGAAAAAAUUGCGCUUUCUAAAGAACGUCUGGCGUUGAAUACGAUGGUUCGUCAGAAUAAGAAGUGCAGUCUUUGUAAUGCCGACCCUCAAAAACUCGAGGAAACUAAAUUUAAUAUUAAUUCGGUGAAUUUGAUUACGCCGUACUUUUCCAGGUUUGAUAACGUUGAUGAUGACAUUAUGCGUUUACGUUUAGAGGCAGUUGAGGAGUCUUCGUUAAAUGUUGAAGAAAAUGUGCCAAUGUAACAUGAUACAAUCAAGAAUUCAGUGUUUUUAAAAUUUUAAUGUAUUGGUUUGUACUUUUAUAAAAAAA